GGCCUUCGGUAAUCGGUUCGGACAUCGCCUGGGCUCGGAAUCGGAAAUCGGAUAGAGCCGGCUGCCGCUUCGGGCGCGUUUCGAGACUCGAUUCUCGAUUUCAUUAAUAUUUUAAAUCUUUGUAAAUACCUAUUACUAAUUAUUUACAUUGUAUUUGUCAUACUGUGACCUCUAGUCUGAAUUCUACAACAAUUUAUAGUGUUUAAUUGAUUUGUGCGUCUAUUACAUUAAAGUGAAUUGCACAAAAAUGUCUGUGAUCGGAAAAUUUGUUGCGCCAAACGUAUCGGUCAGGAAUUUCGCGAAAAUAGGCGCCGCAUUACAAGCGUCGAAAUCAAAUAGAAACUAUUUUACGUAUACUCAGGAGUUAUCACAACCAUUGGAUCGCAAACCGGAGUUCUUGACUGCGAAACAGGCGUUCGAAAAAUGUUUGAAAUCAGGCCAAACGGUAUACGCCCAGGGGGCGGCGGCCACCCCGGUGCCGUUGCUGGACGCGAUGACGGAGGUUGGCAAGGACGGCAACCUGCGCGACAUCAAAGUGGUCCACAUGCAUACAGAAAGGGACGCCAAAUACGUCGCCCCGGAAUAUAAGGAUAUAUUUAGGUCAGUAUCACUGUUCAUGGCAGCCAACGUACGCAAGUCCGUCGCGGAGGGUCGUUCGGACGCGAUCCCUAUCUUCCUGCAGGACAUCCCUAAGCUCUUCCACCGGAAGAUCAUUAAGCCCGACAUCGCUCUUAUUCAGGUGUCUCCACCAGACCAGCACGGAUACUGCAGCUUGGGCACUUCAGUAGACUGUGUCAGAGCUGCGCUUGUUAACUCACAGGUCAUUAUAGCUCAAGUAAACAUCAACAUGCCGCGUACAUUCGGCGAUGCGAUCAUCCACGUAUCGCACGUAGACUACGCCGUGGAGGACAACACGCCGCUGCCUGAGCACGGGGGCAAGCCCGCCAGCCCUGAGGAGACGAAGAUCGGCCAGCUGAUCGGAGAGAACCUUGUGGUGGACGGUGCUACCUUGCAGAUGGGUAUCGGCAGCAUACCCGACGCGGUGCUGUCGGCUCUCAAGAACCACAAGGACCUGGGCAUCCACUCGGAGAUGUUCAGCGUUGGUGUCAUCGACCUCGUCAAGCGAGGAUGCGUCACCAACAACAGAAAGAAGUUCCACAAAGGCAGAAUUGUUGGUAGCUUUUUAGUUGGAAAUCGGGACUUGUAUGACUUCGUCGAUAACAAUCCCUUCAUUGAAAUGCUGGAGAUAGACUACGUAAACAACACGCACGUGGUGUCUCUGCUGCCUGACAUGACCGCUAUCAACUCCUGCAUCGAAGUCGACCUCACCGGACAGAUCUGCGCCGACUCUAUAGGUACCCGCAUGUUCUCCGGUUUCGGCGGGCAAGUGGACUUCAUUCGCGGCGCGGCGGAGGCGGUGGACGGACGCGGCAAGCCCAUCAUAGCGCUCGUGUCCACCACCAAGCGCAACGAGUCCAAGAUCGUGCCCACACUCAAAGUUGGUGCUGGUGUGGUGACCACUCGCGCUCACGUGAACUACGUGGUCACCGAGCAGGGCAUCGCCAAUCUAUUCGGCAAGACGUUGCGACAGCGCGCAUACGAACUCAUUAAAAUCUCUCACCCCGACCACCGCGAGUCUCUCGAAAAAGCCGCCUUCGAACGCCUCAAGUGUAUGCCAGCCCCUUAAAAACCAUAGACAAAGCUGCUAGUGUACACAAAGCCUAAACUGAAUUGACAGUUCUAUUUGACGUUGACAUACAUUCUGUUAAGCAGUUUUCCUAUGAAAUUGUAGUGUGCUAACAUGUAAGGCUUUUAGCGUUUUUGUAACUAACUGGUUAAACGCACAUUGUUUUGUGUGUUUGAUUUUAUUUGUAACCUGGUUAGAAAAAUGAACAAUACGUCGCCAUCUUGCGGUAAUCAUAGGAACUAAUUUAUGUCGGUUAAAAAGUGCAUGUGGCGCCCCCAAUGCAUUAAUGCUAGACUCCGCGCCGCGAAAGAAGUCCCACGGCUAAAACCUGAACUAAAAUUGACAGCGCCUUACACAAAUGACAUUAAGACCGCCAUUACCAAAUGACAAUGAGCCUAUAUGCCUAUAUAGCCUCAAUAGCUCAACGGUAAGAGCGUUCGGACUCAUCACCGAGGGUGGCGGUUCGAUCCCCGCCCCGUUGGUCUAUUGUCGUACCCAAUCCUAACACAGUCUAUCCUGACUAAUUGGAGGGGAAUGGAAAUAUUGGUCAUAUAAAAAAAAAUAUAUGGCAAAUAUUCUGUUUAAAAAAAAUGAGCGCCGUUAAGAGCGCGUCUACGGGACUUGUUGUCAAAGUCCCAACUUUUUCGUCCCAACUCAAUGAAAGAUAUAGCGGUAUUGCUGAUUGCACCGCCAUGGGUUGUUUCUGACCAUCCUGUAAAACUACAUACUGUGGAGUCUAUAGAAUAAUAGUGGUUUAUUUUUAAAACUAUGUAAAAAAGAUAGAAAGUAUAAGAUCUGUCAAUUUAUUUUAGAAUUUAUGUACUAACAAUAUUAGCAACAACGUAGGAUAUUGGUAUUCUUUUGGUUACGGUUAUCUCGACUGUCUCUGAUAGAGUCAUUCUGUAAGUAAUAAUGUUUAAGAAAUGUAUCAAAGGUAAGCUAAGCUAGGCUAUGCAACAGUAGCGAAGGCUGAAUUUUUUUAAUAAGUAACCCGAGCAUGUGUUUUCAGUCAUGCGCACAGGCGUUUAUUUUAAUGAUUAUAGAAAUGCUGUGGUAUUAUUAUGUACCUAUUUCGAGCGUAUAAAAUAUAUUAUAAUCAUUAAUAUGUACGAGUAGGUCUGUAUUGAUUUUUAAAAGGUAAGCCGCUAGGAAUCUUUUUUUUUGCCUGCUGCUAUGGAAAUAAAGGAAAUAUACAUUUCUUGUACUGGCUGACUGUUUUGGAAAUACAAGAUGCAAUUUUGUACAUUGUUUGAAGAAGUACCUACUAUGCUUCGGCUACACUAUUGACAAUAAAUAAUUAUUCCGGAACUACUAACUAUAAGAAUUAAAAGCUACAAUAAUCCCAGUCUCUAAUAUCACUGGCGAACAAAGGAAUUAUAUAUUAAUUAUAUUAUUAAGUAUUAAAGAACUUGCAAGUUUUAUAUUCUGUCUAUGGUUGCAAAUGUGGGAUUAUAAACUAAUAAGCCCAAUUGUUGUUGUUGUUACAAUUUGCACUAAAAUUGAUGUAACCGUAACAAAAAGUUGCUAAUGUAGUUGGGGCCUAUAGCCUAGCGUUACCAGUGUAGUAAUUUCUACAAUCUAGUAAUUGCUUUAGGAGUAACCAUAGAUAAAAGUAACGAUAUUAGAACACUAGGAGCACGUUUAUUUUUUUAAAUUCGAAUUUAAAAAUGCAUUUGACUUUGACUGAGAAAUGUUAUGUUUUGUCGUUGCCUUACAACAUUAUAUGUUGUAAUAGAAGUGGAAAUAAAUGAUCCUAAAUAAUUAUAGAAAUAUACUGAUGUUGAAUACUAUUUGUACACCACUAAUAGAUGUAAGCUAAGCAUUGUAAUUUUUUUUUUAAAUCUUUUAUGUUUAGUAAAACCUUAUAGUUGUUUUUAUAUUGUAUUUAUGUUUUAACUUUAAAAUCAGAAUAAAAUGUAUUAUUAACAAUAUAA